ACUUAUAGCCCAAAAUGCUGCAUGUUGAAUAUAGUUUAAAAUUUGUCUAGUAAAAAAAAAGAAAAAAAAUAUGGGAAGAGGAAAAGUAGAGUUAAAAAGAAUAGAGAACUCAACAAGCAGACAGGUGACCUUCUCCAAGAGACGAAAUGGGCUUCUCAAGAAAGCUUUUGAGCUUUCUAUUCUCUGUGAUGCUGAAGUUUGCUUACUUAUUUUCUCUCCCACUGCAAGGCUUUACCAGUUUGCUAGUCAUGAAAUGGAUAGGACAAUUGCAAGGUACAGAGGUGAAGUAGGGCUUAUAGGAUCAACUGACUUAAGCACCAGAUCCUUUGAGUUUUGGAGGAACGAGACUGAAGAGUUGAAAAGAGCAAUCGAGAGCUUGGAAACAAGAAUCAAGCACUUUUCUGGAGAAGACAUAACAACAUUGGGUAUGAAAGAGUUAAAACAGCUUGAAAGACAGUUAAAGACAGGAGUUGAACGCAUCCGCUCAAAAAAGAGACGCAUCAUUUCGGAGCAUAUUAACUUGAUGAAAAGAAAGCAUAAAGAACUACAAGAGGAGAAUGCUUAUCUCCAGAAAAAAGUUAAGUUGACUGAACUGCAAGAUGCAAACAUAAACUCAGGAAUUCUGGGCUCAAAUGCAUGCAACGCUUUAAAUUAUAUCCAAAGUAGAAUGGUAUACGACGCUGCUGAUGGCUGAUUUGCUAGAGCUGAAAUGAUCUUGAAAUGCAGGGCUCUUCAUAAUGGAACUCGCCAUUAAAAAAGAUCUAAAUGGCUCAGUCUGUCAUUCUAUAUGCUAUAUAUGUAUACAUGUUGUGAAUGUGUUUGCAAUAUAUGCUUAAUUUUUAGCUUGAUUAAGAGUGGGUUUGCCUUUGAGCAGAUGUGUGUAUUCUUGAAUAAAUUAAAGAGGUC